AUGAAUAACUGGAUAUAAUUGAAGAAGCAUCCUAUGAAGAAAUAUCUCUAUCGAGCAAAUAGGAAAAAUGAAUAAUUUAUUGAAAUGGAUUAAAUUAUUUAAGAAAAAAAUUAUUAAUGUGAACUUCUAUAAAAGGAUCUAUAAAAUAUGACUGUCAGAAAUGAAACUUUAGAAUCUUAAUUAGAAAUCGAUAAAGUAAAGCUUAUAAAUAAUGUAAUGAUCAAAAAAUUUUUCCAACCAUCCUUUUGA